AUGAGCAGUUUGCGUUACGGACCAAACCUGUACGAAUUCAUCGAGCGGGAUUCCCAUCUUUCGGGCCGUGUACGACAGGUGCAAGUGCAACGCAGACGGAACGUCGUAUCCAAAGUUCGCUUUUCGUUGAAGACACUAGAACAGCUGCUGAGCGUAGUUCGACUGUCGGGAAUCCUCGAUUCGGAUCAUCUGCUGGACGCGAUCACGGAAAAGACGGCCUCGACGCAAUUGCCUUACCGUGGAGCGCUGUGGCCAGAGGAGAACGUCGCGUACAACAAGUUCAACUCGAAGAUCAUCCAGGGUGAGCUCAAAUCUGAAGCUGGUGGGAAGUCAGACGAGUGCGCACUGGUUCCACAAGGUCGUGUGGAGUCCGCUGGAUUUUGCGCUUUGAAGCUGUUGGCCGGUAAGAAUGCGCUGAUGGCCCAGCAGGACAAACACAACGGAGCGGUGCGCAGUAUGGACUACAAUCCGUACCAGAAUAAACUGUUGGCCUCGGGAGCGUCGGAGUCGGAAAGCUUCAUCUGGGAUCUGAACAUCACGGCGGCGCCGAUGAGCCCAGGAGCGAAGGCGCAACCGUUUGAGGACUGGCACCUGUUGUGGGUAGCCAGCGAGGAAGAUCAAGCCCCCUCCGUUCAACUGUGGGAUCUUCGCUACGCGACUGCCCCCACCAAAACCUUCAAUAUCCACCAGCGGGGUGUCCUCGGUCUGACCUGGUGCCCGAAGGAUUUCGACCUGGUCGCUUCAUGCGGCAAAGACAACAAAAUCUACUGCUGGAACCAAAACUCCGAAGAGCAAAACGGGGAAAUCCUCUCCGAGCUCGCGACCAACAACCAGUGGAACUUUGACGUAGCCUGGUGUCCGCGCAACCCGGCGCUCAUCGCUGGUUCCAGCUUCGACGGCAACGUAACCGUUUAUUCGACCAACGGCGGAGCUCACGCCCAGGUGCAGAUGGUGAACAAAAUAGCCGAUUCGUUCCCUGGAGUGGACAGCAUCGUGCACGAGCCGGUUCACCCGUUCGCAGGACAGCCGCAGCCCACCUGCAACGAUCUGAAGCGACCGGCGGUAGCGUGCUUUGGGUUCGUCGGCAAGCUGGACACGUCCAACGGAACGAGCCGCACCGUCAUCGUGAACCAGGUCGUAACAGAUAGCGAGCUGAUCGAACGCUCGAAUCGUCUCGAGCAAGUGCUGGCCGAGGGCACUCGCUCCGACGCCUGCGUGAGAAGGAACUUGAAGGAUUGCUGGGAGUCUUCUCGGCUUGACUGCGCGAACUAUUCCGAUGCCGGGGACAUUUGAAGCGACCUAAAUUUUCUCGAAGCACCAUUUAAAGAAAAAUAACUUAUUGUUUUUUCAUUGUUGUACUAUUUUAUACAUUAAUAAAUAAUUAUACCGUUUUGAUUUUAUUUUAGUUUAUACAUAAUUAAAAUUAUUUCAAUUCCAAUCCCUCAAGAAAAACCAGAAAGCGCCCGAAAAUAGGCAACAUCCGAACAGAUUUGAUCCAGUGAAAUAUUUCCCCACGCUCGAACUCGGCAAAUCAUGAAAAUCAUGAUUUUGCCAGUUCGACCCACUUUACCAAAAAAAGUGUUAUCCGAGUU